AGGCAAUGUUAACUUACAUUAAUUUAUUUAUGUGCCGUAAAUGUGCUUGUGUAAUUCGGUUUUCAGUGUGCACUAACGUUAAAUGUCUUGUUCUUAGCUAUCUAGCUAGUGUUAGCUUAGUUUAGCUAACUAGUUAAUAAGUAGCCUACAUGCAAGUAUUAGAUUGCUCGUUCCACCGGUCGCUAUAAUUGUUAUUGUGCCACAAUAUGGUCUUUCUUUUGGAUAUCUGUUAACAACCCACAGUACAUUAGAUUACUCUAAACUUUAUUGUCGUUGCGAUUCAUCAUCCAACCAGAAAAAGUUAGUAAAUGCAAAGAAAUGGACAGAAUUCACACAGAAUUUACAGUAACAUUUAGAAUAAAUAGAGCAUGUAAAAUAAGUACAAUGGGGGAAGAUAGGAAUCAAAGCAGGAAAAAAAAAAACCAUCCUAUUUAUAAUGUAAAAUUCCAAUGAGUUAGUAUAUAUUAUUGUACAACCGUUCCUGGCAGUGCAAAUAUAAGUAUAAGUAAUAUAGAUAGAUAAGGUAUUGUGAAUUUGUAUGUAAGCUUCAAGAGCUACCAGUUGUAAGAAAGUAUAUAAUGAAUAAAUAAACAGCAGGAGGUAUGAUAUGAAUAUGGUGUACUAUGCAGUAUAGAUCUUUUAUGGACAGAUAGUAUAGAUCGUCGUAAAAUAUGAGUACUAGGACAUUAUAUAUUGAGUAAGAACAGUAGGAUAAAUAAUUUGUUUGAAGUCACCUUUAAUAGCUCAAAUAACAUACUGACCAUUGUUUUAUCAGAUUUAUAAUUGCAUUUUUUGUGUUAAUAUUUCUGUUUGGGGUCUCAAUCUUUCUUUAUUUCCCCCCAAUUUAGUUUUCAGAUGGUUGAAGAGUCUAUUCUGAUACAAUUUUGAUUCCUGAAAAAAAAAGAUGUACUUCUCAUUUAUCUCUGUCUGUCUUUUUAAGAGCUGCAACAAUUAAUCGAUUAAUUGAUUAGUCAAUCAACAGAAAAUGAACUGGCAACUGUUUUGAUGGUCGCAUAUAUGUAUUUGUCAUAAAUGAUAAUAAACUGAACUAGGUUUUUGGUUUGUUAGUUUAAUAAAACAUGCAAUUUAAAGGUCUGGCGCUGUAUAAUAACACAGGGCAUGUUACUGACAUAAAAAUGAAUCAAGAAUAUGUUGGGCUGAUUAAUCAAUAAUUAAAAUACAAAUUAGUUGAAGAGCUAGUCUUUUUAAAAUAUUUUCUUUGCUUUUCAAAUCUGCAGGAUUGUGACAGAAAUGAGUUGCACUUUCCACCUCCUGGUUUCCCGUAGCGACUUCUACCAUAGUCGUUUUCUGCUUGUCUUGUCUAGACACUCCCUGUUGCUCAGAUCGCUCAGAUCCAUGCCGCAGAUCAGCCGCAGCCUACAAGAGAGCUACAGGCUUCUGCAACUGCCUGACGAGGGGCAAAGCAGUCCUGUGCAGGUGAAAGAGGCCUACCUGCGCCUAGCUAAGCUCUACCACCCGGACUCUGGGGCUCCGACUGCAGAUGCAAUGCUGUUUGCUCGGGUUGAGGAGGCCUACCGUGCUGUGCUGGCACAUCAGAGCAAGAUCAAGCAUCCUGAUGGAGGAAAGGAAGUGGAAGAUGAGGAUAAGUCCGUAGGUAAAGCACUUCCACACAGACACUACCUCAGCUACGAUGGUGUGGGUACAGGCACGCCCAGCCAGCGUGAGCGUCAGUACCGGCAGAUUCGAGUCGAUCGGGCAACGGAGCAGGUUUUAAACUACCGGCAGAGGGAGCACGAGAGGGCAGCCGCUUCAGAGGGGGCGCUUGUGGAGCGGGACUUGCGUCAGCGCAGCCGAAAGAUCAAAAUCACCCAGGCUAUGGAACGGCUUGUGGAGGACCUGAUCCAGGAGUCCAUGGCCCGAGGAGACUUCAGGAACCUGAGUGGAGCUGGAAAGCCCCUCAACAAGUUUGAGCACAAUCCAUACGCUGAUCCGAUGACCCACAACCUCAACCGCAUCCUCAUCGACAACGGUUACCAGCCCCCCUGGGUCAUCACACAACGUGACAUCAAAGAGACAACUGCUCAGAUCCGAAAUAGAUUAUUGGUAGGAAGGGCCCGUCUCAGUGACCCUAUGACCCCCAAGGAGCGCGGCCAAUGGGAGCAGCUGGUUACUUCGGUGGAGGAGGACUUGGUGAAACUUAACAAGAUGGUGGACAAUUACAACCUCAUUGUACCGAUGCUCAACAUGCAAAUGGUUCACUACAGUAUGUCACGAGAGAUUGACCGCGCUGAGAAAGGAGCCCACCAACAGCGGCUGGACCAACAGAGAGAGAGAGAAAAGGAGAGAGAGCAGAGGAAGGAAGAGAAGAAAAGAGCCAAUACAGUUAUUAAGCAUAAAAAUAACAAACAAGGCCUGAUGUCUUGGAUGAAGAAUUUGCUCGGAUUACAACACUAAAACUCAGAAUCUAAGUGUACAGUAAAAUUAUGUUGGUUUUUUUGUAGUUUCGCUGCUUUUUUCUGAGUCAAAGUCAGAGA